AUUCAGACUAAACUUGACAAAAAAAAUUCAAACAAUGAAUUUAUUAGAUUUAGAGACAAGAUUAUGGCAAAAAUGGAUGCAUAAUUCCAUUUAUUAUCGUCGUAUUCAUAAUCAUAUUAAUCAAUUAUUUUAUUAUAAUGAUUUUAUACGACAAAAAAAUGCUCGUUUGAUGAAAAAUAUUGAUUAUGAUCGAUUGGAUAUUGAAACAACGAACAGGAAAAAAACAACAACAGAAACGAAUAAUAAUAUAAUUCCACGAUCAUUUAUAAAUGUAAUCAUACCGGGUAUGUUUAAUAUUAUAUUUGUUAUUGGUGCAUUACCAUUUGUUUUACAAUUGGAAAUAUUGAAACAUUAUAAAUUUUUUCAAAUAUUACCACAAUUUAUACCAAAAAGUGGUCCAAGAUAUGUAUUAACAUUGAAUGUUAUUUGGUCAACAAUGCAAUUUUUUCAAAUGUUUUAUGGAAUUUCAACACGAAUCGAAAGAUAUAGUUUUUUAUAUCUUAUAAAUUUGAAUGAUGAUCAUCAUGAUAAUGAUGGUCGACUUGAAUCGACAAUUGAAUCAAAUCAAUUUCGUUUGUUUCGUAAUCGAUUAUUAUCAAUAGAAAGAUGUUUAGUAAUAUCGAUUGCAACUAUUGGUCCAUUAUUAAUGCUGUCAAUGAUUAUUAAACAUUCAGCAUGGAAAAUAUCUAUUUAUUUGACAAUAUUCUGGGCAUUUGUAUUUCAUUGUUGUAUAUGGUAUAUUUGUUCAAGUACAUAUCAAUUUCCAACAAUAAUUGUUAUUGUACAAUAUUAUUUAAUAUUAAAACAAAAAUCAUUAAAACAAGAAAUGUAUCAAUUUCAAAAUCGUCUAUAUAAUAAUUUAAAACAGAAUAGAAAAAUACAAUGGAUGAGAUUACGAUUAAUACAAUUGAAUCAAGAUUUUAUAUGGAUACAAAAAGAAAUUGCAUCAUGUGAUCAACAAUUAAAACGUUAUCUAAAUAUAUUGUUUAUUGGUUUUGACCUGUUAAUUACCUAUUUAACUUGUUUAAUUUUUCUAGUCAAUUUAAGUAUUGAAUUUCUUUUAAUCUAUACGUUAAUAUAUUUUGCACAUAUUGGUUUGUUGGCAAUUUUGAUAUUUAAUUGUUCAAAAAUUGUACAUUUUAAUCGUGAAUUUUUAAAAUUGAAUAAAAAAUGUCUUUAUUCGAUGAAAGCAAAGAGUGUUUUGACAGAUAGAAAUUUUUAUAAGUUGGAUUCAGUAACCAAUUUGAUGUUGGAAAAAACAUCUGGUUUUUCAUUAUUCGAUGGUACAGUGAUUACAUCACGAACAUUUUUUACUAAAAAAACAUUUAAAAUUUCUGAUCUGAUCUAUUAA